UUCCCAGUUACGACAGCUUCCAAGGGUCAGGUUUCACGUGGACAGAGCCCAGAGCCGGGUGUGCCCCGGUUUGGAAUCAUCGUUUCAGCACUUCGGACAGCGCCCCGGGAGUGGCCCCUGGGUUGGCGAUGGCGAGCGUUCAGCAAGGCGAGAAGCAGCUUUUUGAGAAGUUCUGGCGAGGAACCUUUAAAGCGGUGGCCACCCCGCGUCCUGAGAGCAUCAUUGUCGCCAGCAUUACAGCCCGCAAGCCUCUGCCAAGGACCGAACCCCAGAGCAGCCCCAUGGUUCCAGGUCAGGAUGGGCCCUCUGCAAAGCUGAGCCAGCAUCUGGCCACGGAGGCCUCGGGCACCAGCUGGGAGAGAGACAAGGCCUGCCGGGAGCGCAGUCCUGCGAGGGCACGCAGCGCCUCCCGCGACAAAGAUCGGACGCCACCACCAUCCUCCAGGGGGAAGAAGAAGAAGAAGAAGUCCGCCCGGAAGAGGAGAAGGAGGUCCCCAUCCUAUAGCCCGUCGCCUGUCAAGAAAAAGAAGAAGAAAAAUUCCAAGAAGCAUAAGCGAUGCAGCUCCUCCAGCCCAAAGAGCAAGAGAAGGGAAGAGAAGAGGCACAAAAAGCAAUCGCGAAGCCGGCCCCGAAAGUCUCACCGCCACCGCCACCACCACAGGCUCUCGCGAUCCCAGAGCUCGGAGUCCCGGUCCUCCAGCUGCGAGAGCAGGCACCGCGGCCGGUCCCCCGAGGAAGGGCGGAAGUCUCGCCACAGGCACUCCCGCCGCUGCUCCAAGACCCUCGGCAAGGCCAGCCCCCAGGCCCGGUCCAGCCACCCGCCUAGCCAGCCCCUCCAGAUGCUCAGCCUCCUGUCGGCCAGGGGUGUAAUCACUGGCUCAGGGUCUGCUGCUGACCUCUUUACCAAAACAGCCAGCCCGCUCGCCACCCCCCGCGGACGCUCCCAGGAGUACGACUCAGGCAACGACACCUCCUCGCCGCCCUCCACGCAGAUCAGCUCCAGCAGGUCGCGGGGGCAGGAGAAGGAGAGUCCGGGUGGGGAACGCAGCCAGGGCCGGGACCUCACCAGCGGCAACACCUCUGAUUCAGGGAACUCCUUCACCACCUCCUCGCCCCAGAACAAGGGGCCGGCUCCGGACAACCUCUCCCCCACCAGCAGGGGCAGAGAGCCAAGGGGACUGCAGUCGCCGGUGAAGAAGUCCAGUGCAGUCCCGCCCACGGCCCAGAGCUCCCCCAGGAGACGGUGCUCCCGCAGCUCCUCCCAUGCCAGCACCCGGUCCUCCAGCCACUCCUCCCGGUCCCCCAGCCCCAGGGCCUCCCCCAGGUACCCCCGGAGCCGGUCCGCCUCCUCUGGGAAAAGUGCCCGGAAACGCCCCAUCCCCUACUACCGGCCCAGCCCUUCCUCGUCCAGCGGCCUCAGCAGCACCUCCUCCUGGUACAGCGCAGAAGGCAGCCGCUCCGCCAGCCGCAGCUACUCCCGCAGCCGAAGCCGCAGCCGGACCCGCACGAGCAGCAGCUCCAGUUCCCGCAGCCCCAGCCUGGGCUCCCGCAGCCGCAGCCGCAGCCGCAGCCGCAGCCGCAGCUCCAGCUCGGCAGACAGCGACUCCAGCACGAGGCGCUAA